ACAUUAUUUAUACGAAUAAGCAAAAAUAUUGUACCACAGACUCGUUCGUCGCAGCUGAUAAUGAGCCCUUUGUUGUUAUAAUUAAUAAACAAUUUAAAGGCAUGUUCAUGUAUUUGUACAUGUACAGCUAACGGCGGAUUUUACGGUGUAAAUAAUCCGGGGAUUAAAGUUCGCUGUUGUAACGCGACGAGGCAACUUCGUUAUUAAAUAAUUCGCGACGAGAGGAUAAAUAAAUAAAUAAAGAAAUAAAGUUGUUUUUUAACGUAAAAAAGAUUUGUAUAAACGAAGUUCACAUGUUUGCUAAAAAUUUCACUACUUCAAACGUCAAACUGACCGAAACCAGCUGCGGCAAAUUAUUCGGUGAAAAGUGCUGCAGUUUGUGAUCGUCAAAGUGAUAACGGAGAAGAGAACGUCGAGUGUAAAAAUCGUUUGUUGAUCCCUUCCUUGAUCGCCGAUUCUAUUCAAGCCUUUGCUCAACGAGCAAGAGUAACACUUUCUCUCUGUCUCUUUUACUUCUUUACCUUCUCUUCUUAUCCUUCUUCAACUCUCCCAACACCGUCGCACCAAGGAUUAGGACUUACUACUGAGUUUCCGAUCCAAAGGCACAACUUCCGACCGCACUGCGCUUGGCAGCGAGUUCAGAACCCAAUCCCUCCCACAAAAAGCAGUGCAGCGCAGGAUCAGCAGGAAGACUACGCCAGAUCAUAGCCAACCGUUUCCCAGCUUAUCUUAACCGGAGUAAUUUCUUUUAGCUCGCUUACCGCAGCCAGAUUUAAACACCGCGCCGACAUCGUAGGAUGGUAGAAGGUGAACCCGACUCAAAGCACAAUCGUAAGAGUGAUGUAAAGGACGAUCGCCCAAACGGCUGUGGUUCAAAAGACCUAGAGCUCGCACGUUUAGGGACAAAGGGCAAGACUCUCGAUCCCGAGAAAGGAUCCUUUGAAAAAGCUGAUUUCGAAAAGGCUAUCGAACUUACCGGAUAUGGCAAGUUCCACUACUUCCUGCUCGCAGUAUGCGGGUUGGUCAGUACGAGCGAGGAGAUGGAUGUAAUUUCCAUGUCCUACAUUUUGCCGAGUGCACAAUGUGACCUGGAUCUCGAUACCCACAGGAAGGGAUGGAUGAGCUCCAUCAUAUUCAUAGGGAUGAUGGUCGGUGCCUACGCGUGGGGCUCAGUGGCAGACGCCCUGGGCCGCCGCAAGGUUCUGAUCGUCAUCUCCAUCAUGAACGCCGUCUGCAUAGUCGCCUCCAGCUUCACCCAGAGAUAUGAAUACUUCUUGUUGUUCAGAUUUCUCAACGGUGCUGCCCUUGGAGGCAGUGGACCUGUGAUCUGGUCCUACUUUGCUGAAUUCCAGCCGAAGGCGAAAAGAGGUUCCAUGUUGUCGUUUAUGGCGGCAUUUUGGACCCUUGGGAACCUCUUUGUUGCUGGACUGGCAUGGCUCAUUAUCCCUUCCGGGAUCGGUUUCGACAGCCUCGCAUUCAAGUAUAACUCAUGGCGAAUCUUCCUGCUGAUCUGCGCUGCACCGUCCUUUUUAGUGGCAGGGCUUCUGCUGCUCCUGCCCGAAUCCCCCAAGUAUUUACUCAUCCGUGGACGAGAGAAGGAGGCUCUGGAAAUAUUCCGUGGCAUAUACGCGAUAAACACCGGUCAAUCGCGAACAAUGUACCCAGUGAAAAAGCUGAUAUUCGACGACUCGAGGCAUCGGUCAGAAAAGGCGAGCACCAAGCCGCAGAGCAAAUGCAAAAUGCUCUUCGGUGACAUAUUGGGAAACACUAAACAGCUGUUCAUUUCACCGAUCCUCCGUUUCACUUUAAUAUCCAUCAUAAUUAACUUCACCUUCCACAUCGGGUACUACGGGCUCAUGAUGUGGUUCCCUGAACUGUUCAACCGUUUCGACAAGUACCAAACGGCCCACCCAAAUGUCACCUCGAUAGGCAUCUGCGAGGUUACGGACUUCGUUGUCAAUAAUAAAACACAGGAAUCAAACGUUACUUGUACGAACGAAAUCUCUGCCCAAGUGUUCCAAGAGUCUCUCAUUACCGUCGCAUCUGCAAUACCUGCUAAUAUCCUGGCUGUUGUUGGAAUGGACCGUCUUGGUCGCAAGUUCUUCCUCGUCUUCAGUACCUUCUCCGCCGGUCUUUGUUCCACCGGAUUAUACUUCGUGACGAACAAAACACACAACUUGAUCGUAUCAGCGUUCUUCAGCGGUGUGAUAAGCUGCGGUAACGCCGCCCUCGAUUGUCUGAUCACUGAGGUAUUUCCCACAAACCUCCGCGCCACCGGCGUGGCAAUUUCAAUGGUGGCAGCCCGUCUGGGUGGGAUAAUCGGUAACAUAGUCAUUGCUCAGCUGCUGGACACGUAUUGUCCAGCGCCCACCUUUAUCGUCGCCGCACUUCUUAUCGGAGGAGGUCUGAUGUGCUUAGGUUUACCAAACACAACGCGCCAGCCGUUGUCCUGAUACCGUUUUAAUGAAAAUUUAUUGAAAUUGAAUAUAUAAAUAUUUAUAUAUAAGAGGAAUAAAAUUUGAA